ACAGAGUGAAAAUGGCCAUUUGAGUGUAAAUAACUCCACCCUGCUCCAUUUAAACCCUUGAAUGGUUGUUAGAGUUUCAACAUUAGUAGAAAGAGGUGUUGGCUUUAUGUUGUAUCAGCCAGCAAAAGUAUGUAGCUAUCUUGGUGCUACUUUUUUUUUCUUUUUCUUUUAAAGGGGGAAAAAACACUCAUCUUGGCACUAUCUUGAUGCAGCAUAGUAGUGGUUUGUAAGUGUUUGGAUGUCUAUCAAGUUACUGUGUCUAUUUUUUAUUUAAUAGUUGUGUUUAAACAAUGUGUAUCAUGUGUUUAGGGUCAUUUAUCCAGUAAUUGAAUAAAAUGGGUUUUAAUUUAGAGGUUAUUUUACAAUGUGUCAAAGACAAGGGGGAAUUGUAGGCUUUGUGUUCCCUGUGUCGGUGCAAAAUGUAAUGACUGCAAUGCUACAAAAUGGCUGUUACCAUGCCAUAGGCUGUCUUUACAGCUGAGCCACGUUCAUCCUCCAUCUUUGGUUCAGGGAGGACAAAGAACGACAGGGUUGCAGUAAUGAAAAACGCAGUUUGAACUGACUGCAUUAUGAAUUAGGAAUGAUUUACUACCACAUGAGCUGCAGCAGGGGGCGCUGUGCGUCUUUAACGGCAUUUUGCAACACCAACGAAGAAGAAGAACAGCCCUCAUCACUUCCGCAACAACAAUAUGGAUGAGGCGUUGGAAGUUGGAGACAAACUGGACACCGGUGCCGACAAAGUACAGGAGCGCCUCCAGAAGAGGCACCAGGCGAGGAUAGAGGAUGUGGAGCGGAGAAAGGAAGCUAAAGAGAGUCAGUCUGUCGCGGAGGAGAAGGGAGAGUAUUUCUACAGCGCUUUUAACAACGAGCGGGCCGCCGUGGAGGAGCUGCUGUCCGGCUGCUCCGGAGCGGACCGGGCCACCAUGACUCAAAAGCUGGAGGAGGCCACGAGCAGAAUAGGGCAGCUGCAGAAGUUUCUGAACGACAGCGUGUUGUUUCUAACGCAGUACGACCUGAGACAAGCCCAGGCGGCUCUGCAGAAGCUCCAGAGCACCCUGGCUGAGACGAGAGAGGAGGCUCUGCCCAAGAAGAAGUUUGCCUUUAAAGCUCGCACUAAAGCUGCAGACAAGGCCUCUGUGACGCCUGCACCAGAUCCUGAUGCUGACACACCUGCCGGUGUUGGUGGCACCAAGGGGGAUGGAGUGACAGCCUCAGAGCAGUACGGCUUCUCCAACAUGAGCGAUGUGCUUGUGACAAGAACAGCAGAGGAGAUCCAGAAACAAGACGUGCUGUUGACCCACCUGACUAACUGCAAGGUGCGUCUGCUCGGCUCCCCCAGCACGCUGCACCUGAAGCACAUCGACAGCUGUGAGAUCCUGUGCGGGCCAGUGUCCAGCUCAGUGUUCAUCGAUCAUUGUAAAAACAGCACGCUGGCCUUCCCCUGCCAGCAGCUGCGCACCCACAACACCACCGACACACAGGUGUAUCUGCACGUCACCAGCCGAGCCAUCAUAGAGGACUGUCGGGGAGUGAGCUUUGCCCCGUUCUCCUGGUCUUACCCAAGCCUGGAGGAGGACUUUAGUGUGUCUGGCUUAGACAAGAACCGAAACAACUGGAACCAGGUGGAUGACUUCAACUGGCUCGCUGCAGGAACACCUUCCCCCAACUGGGCUGUCAUUCCUGAAGUAGACAGGAAAACCAAUUGGGACACUGAGAAUUGAACUUUUUAUUUUCCAAAAGUAGCAUGUCAGAUUAACAGUUUUCAAUCAGAAUACAUACAUAACAGUGUCCGUGUGAUUUCACAAAGAAUAAUUGGUUUCUUUUAAGCCAACGACUGUCAGUUUAAUUUUUAUGCAGUUUUGAUUGGUAGAUUUCACUCACUGAUUGUGUUUUACUGCUAC